UUUGUGUAGCCCACAUACUACUCACUGGAGCAUGGUCGAACUCCUAGUGCCAGCCCCUAAAGGAAAACUGAGUCCUUCCCCAGCUCGCCCCUCCCUGUCAGAGGCCAUCAGCUGUGAAGAGCUACACUUCAGCAUCUUUAUCAAGGAUUUUAGAGCUCUCUUCAGUAGCUUCAUAUCCGAACUGUAUCUUUUUGGAGGUCGGGCAGAGGUUGUCAUACAGCCUUCACUGCCUUUUUUGCUCAGUCAUGAGUCUGUAGUCAUCAAUACCAUUGCAAAAGGAGCUCCCUUGCCCAUAGCAGCCGGCAGCAGCAUGGAUCCCAGACAUCAGCAAGGCUCCUGGGGGCAGCAUGGAUCGUGGAAGUCUUUUGAGAAGACUUAACCUAGGAAAUGGACCAUUCUUCAUCUUGGACAUAUUCUUGUUGCUUACAGUCGGGGUGAUCAUGUGACUGUGUCCAGGAACAGGACCUGUGUGAGUUCCAGGCUGCUAUAUAUCACCUUGUCCUAGGCACCUGCUGUUCUGCCUGUAACCUGGGCACAACCACAGCCAACACUUUAGGCUGGUAAUUUCUUGAGCCUUUUCCUGUCCCUAAGCUCUGUCCUCCCAAGCCCAGCUUCAGCCACAGCACAGAUCACCCCAGCCAUUUCCUGUCCCCAGAGAGGACAUCUAAGUUCUCUCCAGAACACAAGCUCCCGGGGCUCUUUGUUACUGGAUGUCCAGAUCUCUGGAGGCGAUUGAGGACAACCUCAUGUUGGGAGCCUACAGGCAGGCUGGCCCCAGGGGGCUCCACUCACAGACACCUGCUGUGGCUCUCAUUCAAGAGCAGGUGGUGGUGCCCUGGGCAUGGUGGCACUUGGUAGGCCCUGCAGAAAGAGGUCAGCACUAUGCAGCUCUGCCUCUGAGGACAAGCACCUUCCUACCGUGGAGGUAGACAUCAGGCCAGGCCAGCAGGAGCCAGGAUGUCUCUCCUGUUUGCUCAAGGGCUGUGUGUCUUUCUUUGGAACUUCCUGUCCUGUGUCGCUGCUGAGCCCUUAUGCAAAGAGGAGGAGUAUUCUGUGGGGGACCAGUGCUGCCCCAUGUGCAACCCAGACAUGGGCCUAGUGACCUGGCGGGAGUGCUCCAGCCGGGAGGACACUGUGUGCCGCUGCAUCCCAGGCUUCUUCUGUGAGACCCAGGAGGGAGACCACUGCACCACGCGCUUGCCACUCACCAACUGCUCCCUGGGACAGAGGGUACUGGAGAGAGGUGCCUCGGUCAUGGUGUCUUCUCACAGCAGCAGAACAGCGACUCAGACAGACGGAACCCCCUUCUACCCAGCCACUCUUCAGGGUCAUCGCUUGCGGUUGUGUGUGCCUUGAUAACUCUUGGGGGACCUCCACAUCAGCCGGUUUGUGGGCGCCUCCACUCUGCUGUGCCACAACACACCACUCUCCAUUCCUUGCGUUUAUGCCCAUAGUCUCAUAGUUUUGGAAAGCGGUGAUGAGUGACAGCUUGCUCAUUCCAGGCUAGAAAGCGCUUUCUGGAAGACACAUACUUCCCUGCCCCCAACAUCCACCUGGCCUUGCUGAGCUUUGGUCAGUGCCAUGUGAGCAUUAGCAGUGUGCCCCAGGUCUGCUUUGCCAGGAGAACGGAAUGGUUCAGAGUGUCAUGGCUCCCUUAGCCUGGAUCUCAGAAUGAAGCAUGUACCAGGAGCAAUCCCCACCCUUCUGACUUACAGGUGCAGGAGGCAAAACUUGGUUGCUGUGAUCAACUGAGGUUUGAGGUUUAAGUUUACAGAGGGAUAAACCCAGCUGCCCUCUGAGGUUGGCACUUCUCUGCUUGAAUAUUGUUCAAUUCCAUGUGUCAUUGAUAUUUGUGAGUAGGACAAGAAUAUACCACUCCGACUUUGCUGGUUUGGCAUAAGAACCAACAAAAGCAGAAGGUAAAAUGAUCAUGCAAAAGAGGUCCUUCUUACCCUGGUGGAAAGCACAACCCUAUUCCCAAAGAUAGGAAGUCAGCAGUCCUGGUAGAAUUCUGAAGAUAUCCUGUUCAAACAAUUCACAGGUUUGCCAGCACAUGAAAUUUAUGUCCUUCCUCCAAGCUCACUAAUUUGUUGUUGUUGU